GAUAUCACUUCGCGUUUGUCACUCGAACCAGAGCUUCGAUAUCCGGUCGGAAAAGGGUUAUUUUCGUGAAGGAAACGCAAGCUUAUCAUGGCCAAAUUCUUGGUUGUUUUAUUGGCCGUAGCUGCUGCAGCAGUUGCGGAAAACAAUACCGAAAACAUCGAAGGUCAAGUGGUCAGGAAUACGAGGGGAAUCUGCUCCCAUCUGUCGAGCAUAAUCGGCGCCGCAUCCUCAGCCAACCAAUUGCGUAGCAGCGAGAGCAGCAGCAGCAGUGGAUCAUCUUCGAGCCCUCCUGCAUGCUCGUCCAUCCCAAGGACCCCAUCAGCUUCCAGCGGAAGCAUUUCUCCAGCUCCUCCUGCACCGGAACCUCAGACCCGAACUCAUUCCUCUCCGGCUGGUCCCCCUCAAGUGACGACGCGCGUUAUCGGGCAGAACGUCAGACAACUCGGCGACGGUCCUAAAACGACCAUCCGCGAAGGACCAUCCCACGUGAUAUCUGGAGGCAGUCCUCCCACCACCGCUCCGAGUCACCGUUCUGCACCUCCGGCCCAAAGCGGCCCAGCUCCAUCCUGCCAACCAGCUCCACCUUCGCCAAGCGGAUGCGGAUGCGGAUGCGGAUGCGGAUGUGGAUGUGGAUGCGGAUGCGGAUGUGGCGGUGGUGGAUGCGCACCAGCUCCUUGGAACAGACCUUCGGACCCCCAAACAUCAAGUCGCCAAGUCGAGUAUAUCCACAUUGAGCACCCACCCCAGAUCGUUGAAAAGGUUGUGGAGCACCACAUCGAGCACCCACCACAAAUCGUCGAGACCAUCGUUGAGACCGUGGUCGAGCAUCCUCCCCAGAUCAUCGAACACAACAACCAUGUCGUUGAGAACGUUCCCCAUGUUGUGAUCGCCAGAACCCGCUCCGAUUCCCAGCACGAAUCGUCUUCUCAGCUCCGCAUUCCUGGCAAGGGCAAGAAGUAUUAAGCCUUCUUCAGGAACUAACUUGGGCCCAGCUCCCAAUGACUGUGAAAAGGCCUGAACUCCGAAGCGGUUAAAACCUACUUGACCUUGUCGCACCUGCGGCACAAUGUAUUUUUAACUGGAAAUUACUUUAUUUCCAUUGUAUGGAUUUUAACGAAAAUAUAAUUAUAUUGACUCUAAAAA